CAGUGAUUUCAAUUUAAUAGUUAUUGUAGUACAACAUGUGGUGUUACACAUAAAUAAUAACAUACAAUUGAAUAAUAAAAUUAUUAAUUAUUAACUAAUUAAUAAAAACUCAAAUAAUUUAAUUACAAAUUAUUUUUGAUAAAAAAAGUAUCGAGUACUCGGACAGUCAAUUCCCGUUGGCCUUAAGGUUAUGUUUUGAUUGUAGACUACAGAAAUAAAAUUUAUAGAGUUAAAUAUAAGUAUUUAUAUAUUUAUUGUAUUGUUAUAAAUAUAUUAAUAAGCUUAACAAUGGAGGAUCAAGCGUGUCCACGUUGUAAAACAACAAAAUACCGAAAUCCAUCACUUAAAUUGAUGGUAAAUGUUUGCGGUCAUACAUUAUGUGAAAGUUGUGUUGAUUUAUUAUUUUUAAAAGGCUCUGGAUCCUGCCCAGAAUGUGAUACACCUUUGAGAAGAGUGAACUUCCGGGUUCAAAUGUUCGAAGAUUCAAUGGUCGAAAAAGAAGUGGACAUAAGAAAACGUAUUUUACGCGAUUACAAUAAAAAGGAGGAAGAUUUCGCUACCCUCAGAGAGUACAAUGACUACCUCGAAGAAAUAGAAACAAUCGUCUACAAUUUAUCCAACAACAUCGACGUGCUGGAAACGAAUAAAAAAAUCGAGCAGUACAAGAGAGAAAAUAAGGAUCAAAUAAAUAAAAACAGAAUGAAAAUCGGCAGGACUGAAAGUGAGUUACAGGAUUUACUGAUGAUGGAAAAACAGCGCGAAGAGGAGCGCAAACUACAGCUCGCUCGUGAAGAAAUCGAAGUAAAGAAGCGUAAAAUACGCGAUAAAGAAGCGCUCAUUGACGAGCUGAUGUUUUCUGAGGGCGAUGCUAGAAAUAUCGUCGAAACUUUCGCCACUUCAAUGCAGUCAAGUAUAGAAAAAUCGAACAAAAUAGCGCCGACACCCAAAGUGACACAAUUCAGUACGGGAAUACAAUUCGGUAAAGGAAGUCAAGGAUUCUUACCGAUUCCGAAGCUAGACGACGGCCCGCUUUUCUCAUAUGUUCCGAUCGAGCAGAAAACAGAAGGACCUCCAGCGCCAUCCUGGCAGCAAGUAUUUUCCCAUGGGUAUAUAAAUCAUGUAAGAAGUGAGACAAAAAUCGAACAAGCCGGAGGAUUCAAAGCAACAAUCGCGUGUCUGCGAGCAUUGCAAGAGGCUAUGGCUGGACUAUACCACAAUCCGUCUCAGCGAUCGAAUUAAACCAAUCGAUUUAUUUAUUUAUUUUAUUCUUUUAUCUCAAGGUAUUUUUUUUAAUCAUAAUUAUAAUUUUUUUUUUUUCUAAUAAUUGGUGUUAAUUUAUAAUGUACUCUUGUAUUUAAUUAUUUGAGUUUAAAUUUUUAAAGCCUCAAGUAAAUCUAAGUCUUAUACUAAG